UACAUCGAGAAGUUGAACAUGCAGGCCAUCAUCAGUGCAUCUACUAACGAGGAUGAGUUCGUUAAGGAGUUCCUGGUCUCGUAUGACAAGAUCCCCGUGCUGAUCCAUGAGCUGUUAGCAGUAGAAGUUUGGACACAGAAGAUUUUCUCCCUGCUAGUCAGGAUGGAUUUCCAACCUUCCAGCACCAUUCCUGUCUAUACUGUGUUGUACCAUGAAGCCACCAUCAUCAACCUACUGGAAACCAUCAUGUACCAUAAGGACACAUGUGAGUCUGCUGAAGACACCAUGUUGGACCUGUUGGACUACUGCUACAGGAAGAUUGUUGACCUGAUAGCCAGGUCACCUGAUCAUGAAGAGACAGAAGAUGUCGAGACAGCUCCCAACAUCAGAGAGUUUGUGGAGCAUCCAACUACGUUUGAGGACCUGAAGAAACAGCAGCGAGCGCUAGACUUUGAUGUAGCAGUGAAGGCUGUGACGAUACUGAGGUACAUCACUGACCACCUGGACAGCCUCCCCCUGAGCACGACCCACCGCCUGUUAAACACCCACAACAUCCCCAUCCUGCUGGUACAGCUUAUAGAAAACUGCCCGUGGACCCGGGAGGGAAACGGGCGACUCCGCAAGUACGUGGACGGGAGAUGGCAGGAGGUUCCUCCGGAGGACAGGAUGAGGCUGACUAAGAUAGAGGGACAGGUGUGGAUAGCCCUGUACAAUGUGCUGAUGGGUCCCAGCUGUCAGCAGAAGUAUGAGUAUAAUGACUACAACAAGAACCAAGUCCUGAAGGUGAGAGGUUACCUGCAUGAGGUGCUGCUGGACCAGUUCCCCCACCUGGCGGAGCUGCAGAGGUACCUGGAACACCUGUCCAUGAUGGAGGCACCUCCAGCCAGAAAGGACCUGGUGCUGGAACAGGUUCCAGAGGUGAGGGAGAGGAUCCUCCAGGAGAAUAAAGGCAAGUGGGAGGCUCUGGCCAAACAUCAGGUCAGGACUGUCUUCAACCCCAGCACGGAGCAGCUCAAGGAGCUGUCCAAGAGGUGGGCAGUGACGUACAACCUUGACCUGUUGGAGAGCAUGUUAGUGGACCCGCCCAAAUGUGCGGUGUGCGGCCAGCCGGCCAGCAAGAGGUGCUCCCGCUGUCAGAAUGAGUGGUACUGCAGACGAGAAUGCCAGGUGAACCACUGGUACAAACACAAGAAGGCGUGUGACCUGAUGGCAGCUCCCAAGUCUGCUCAGUCGUAGCAGCAGGCACACACGGCUGCAGGGAGUUAGUUACCAUAAUGUGUUAUUUCCUGAAUAUUUGGUUUUCAAGAAACCUUCAACAUCAACUAAAUCUAUGCAAAGGGGAGACUGAUAAAUAAAAAGAGCAGGUAUUAAGGGUUUGUGAUUGUUUAGGUCAACUGUAAAUGUAAUUUUUUAAAUUCAAACACAUUGUAAAACACUUAGUUGAAGUAUUUAAGCUUAAGUUACAUGAAUGUGCCCUGUAUUGACAUGAUUAAAUCAUCACCAUGAAGAAGUGCCUUAGUGUUUGAAAAUCAAACUACAAAAGACAUUCCAACAAUACUAUGGCUGUAUAUAUUUGAAUAUGUUUUUAUACACGCAUUCAUGUUGUCUUGCCAUUUAAUUUCUUGUUUGCUAUAGUCUCAAAAGUAUUAAAGACUGUAUGUGAUGG